UUUUUUUUUAAUAAUUCCAUUUCUUUGGUGAAUUUUCUAUUCAUCUCCCACAUUGUUUUUGUGGUUUCUUUGUGUUGGGUUUCUAUUUUCUCUUGUAUUUCAUUGAGCUUCCAUGUUCAAAAUUCUUUAUCGGUCAUUUCAAUAUUCUCAUUUUGCUUGGUUUUCCUUCGUACGGAGUUUAUUGCUUUCUUUUGGGGGUGUCCUUUCACUCUGAUUUUUCACGUAUCUGGAGAUCUUUUGCUGAUUUCUUCUCAUCCUAACAAUAUUUUAAAUUUCUGUAGUCUCCUAGGUUCUUCUGGUUGGCUCACACAUCCUCACCUGAGAGGCCCAGGGAGAUGUCAGGACUUGCUUCAUAUCUUACAAGCCUCAUGUGGGGUAUUUUGCAUGUGUGUGUGUGUGUGUAUGUGUGGUGUGGAGUGGGGAGGGGUGUGUGUCUGUAGAGUAUUGGGCUGAGCAAAAGGCAUGAGAACCAGAACAUUUUCCUGCCAGGACUGAAUCUACUACACAUUUGUAUCUAAACCUUCCACAAACAAAAGGGCCCCUGUACUGGGUGGCUUCCAGCAGCACAGGCAGAAGUUCCCAAAGCCAGCCAGAGACACUUGAUGGUGCCCACAAACUUGCCACAUCACCCUAGAGGCUGCUGACCCACAAGCUCCCACCCUCACCCCCACAGGCCAGAGUCCCCAUCAGCUGAGUUCUCCAGGGGCCCCACGUCCAAAAACAUCAGCCCCAAAGCUCAGAAAUCUCGCUUUCCCAUUCCACUCCACCCCCUCCACCCACACAGCUGAGGUCACACAGCCCAGCCUCUUUUGCAACUUUCCCAAGUCUGUGCACGACAGGGAGAGGAGGAAAACUCAGACAGAAGAAGUAGCCUGACCUCAACAAUCUCUUUUGUGCUCCCGAAGUCUUUUUCCUGUGGCCCAGCCAAGACUGCUGCUCUAAGAAGAGACCUCCAGACUCAGAGAGAGCCCCCAUCUGGCCUCGGAGGCUGAGCGCUGCUCAGCCACAACUGCUCUGAAUCCCCUUCAUGAAUCCUCAGAAGAAAGUGGACCUGAAACUCAUCAUCGUUGGAGCCAUUGGCGUGGGCAAGACCUCUCUGCUUCACCAGUAUGUGCACAAAACGUUUUACGAGGAAUACCAGACCACCCUGGGGGCCAGCAUCCUCUCCAAGAUUAUCAUGCUGGGUGACACAACUUUGAAGCUACAGAUCUGGGACACAGGCGGUCAGGAGCGGUUCCGCUCCAUGGUGUCCACGUUCUACAAAGGCUCGGAUGGCUGUGUCCUGGCUUUUGAUGUCACCGACCUGGAGUCCUUUGAAGCCCUGGAUAUCUGGCGGGGCGAUGUUCUGGCCAAGGUUGUCCCGAUGGAGGAAUCCUACCCCAUGGUGCUGCUGGGGAACAAAAUCGAUCUGGCAGACCGGAAGGUGCCGCAGGAGCUGGCCCAAGGCUGGUGCGAGGAGAAGGAUAUUCCGUACUUUGAAGUCAGUGCCAAGAAUGACAUCAACGUGGUGCAAGCCUUCGAGAUGCUGGCGGGCCGGGCGCUGGCGAGGUACCGAAGCGUCUUAGAGAAUCAUCUCAUGGACUCCAUCAAGCUCUCGCCGGAACCGUCGAGGAGUAGCUGCUGCUGAGCCCCCGCCCCGGACGCCCAGAGAGUGCGGGCCUGCCCUGGGCCUGGCCGUCCUGCCCGGGAGCAGGCGACAAACCAACCCCUCCCGCCCGCCGCCCGCCCAGGCUCAGCCCGGGGCCAGAUGUGCCACCCCUCGGGCUGGGUGCAGAGGGCCGGGCUGGGCCCUCCGGGGCCUGCAGGAAGCCCAGAGUGUCACAGCCAAAUCCUGGCCUGGGGAAGUACAGAUCCCUCGAUGGCUGCAGCUUGCCUGCCACCUGCCCUCCCCACACGCGCUCCCGCUCCAGAACGCACGUCUCCACGGCCACAGGCACAACUGUGCACAGUGGUGCAGCUCAGCCUGCCUGAGCAGUCAGGCCACGCAGGGGGCUCUGGACACGCAUGCCGGCUCCUCAGGCCUGGGACAGGCCUCCGCUCCCUCCAGGACCGAGGGCCAAGGGAGCACAGGAAAAGCCACCAGCGACUCUGGCUCAUUCCUCCUUGCUGGGUGCCCAGGCGACCCACAUAAAUCUCCGAGUCUCAGUUUGCCCAUCUGUCCAAUGGGGGUGAUGUGUGCCCCGCCCACAUGGGAGUGGGGUUUUGAGGACCGGAAGCUGUGUUUCCGUCUCAGUUGCUGUUGUCGAUAGGCAUCCAUGCGCUCCUUCAACAAGCACGUGUGAGUGUCGGCCACGUAGGACGCGCCGAGGUCCCUUGACAAACAAAACAGGCCGGGACCCCGCUCCCCCCCCAGCCUAGUGGUGAGGAGGGAGACAACAGACACAGGAAUUUAAACGGGUAUUUCCAAAAAGCAGGUAAGUCCUGCGCACGAAGUGAAACACGGUAAAUGGGAGAGAGAGAGACAGGGCCCGGGACGCGGUGCUAUUUUGACAAGGUGGUCCAGGAGGGCUUCCCUGGGGAGGUGACAUUUGGCCUGAGAGCUACAGAAUAAGAAGGCAGCUGCCACCUGAGAGAUGGAGGAAGAACGUUCCAGGGAGAUGGGGCCUCGAGGGCCAAGGCCUGAAGGUGAGAGGCCACCUUCCAGGAGCAGAGAAAGGACAUUCUUUGACCUGAGGACUCAAAGCUGCUGUCCCAGAGACGGGACAAGGCAAAGGGGACCCAGCGCGCUGGGCGGCUCCCUGAUGCUCUGCGGUGCGGCCAGCAGGGGGCAGCAGUGCUCCUUGUCUUGCUCUCCGGCUCAGGGCAUGGGGCAGAAGAUUCUAAUUUCUGCAGCCUCGAAAGAAACCAGCAAAAACCGCAACGUAGGUGAUUCGGGCAAGAAAUCGGCGUCCGUGGCAAAUAGCAGAAUGAUGUGCCUGGAGAGCGUUUGGCUUCUCUGUCCCUGCAGAGUCUGAGGCCACAGUCUGCUUUGUCUUCUGGCUCCAGACAGCAGACAGAGGGCCCGGCCUGCAGGGGCGGACAGAUGUCCGUUCAGGGUCUUCAACGGCCAAGCCCCUGUCCACACGGGGCACCCUUUCCUGGGUGCCAGGCAGAGCUGGGGCGUCAGCUCAGGACCGCCAGCGUCGUCUGGCUCUGAAGAUGCGCCUAGAGGCGGGGACUGGGGGGUCAGCAAGGGGAUUUGGGGACCUCUUCUCCCCCCGCCCGGCUCUGGAGCAUGAAACGGCUUGUGCUGGCGGCAGCAUGAAGCCGGCACGGGCGGGGGCAGCGUGGGCCUGGAGCACACCUGUCUGGGACAGGCCCUCGCGGCAGGGGGACCGGGCGUUUUGCCGUCAGGCGUCAGGCGCGCUGUCCUGGGAGUCGGCGAGGCGGCGUUGCACGUGCCCUGCACGGGCGUGCAGUCGCUCCCGCACCACAGUGCACGCAGCGGCCCUUUCUGAAUGUGCACGACAGAUAAUAAAUACGCGCCUCUUUGUUUUUUGUCCUUGGCGGCAUUUAGUUUUUAUAUUUACAAAGCACAUCUACGCAGCUCACAACGCAAAAGACACGAAAGGGCGGGCGGCUACAAGUGAGCUAAGACUGGCUGCAUGAUUUGUGGGGUCCGGUGCAAGACGAAAUUGCUGGGUCCCUCGUUCAGAAAUGAUGAGGGAUUUAAAGACGGCAACAGCAGAGCCUUAAAUCGGAGGUGGGCACGCCUGAGGGCAGGCCACGCAUGCGUGAAGCCCGUCCCGAGCAAACACGAGUUUUCGGUGGCCCCGGGAGUGACGGCAGUGCUGGUCGGGCCUGGCCCUGUGUGCCCCGGUGUGCCUGGGCCUCAGACACGCUGUGGCGUGAAGGGAAAGAUUUCUGAGUUGGCAAGAGCCAGAGCCAUGCUGAGAUUUGACCUAGGCCCACAGCACACAUUUUGCAGGAGUCAGGGGUCAGGAUAGAAUGUUCCACGCUGGGGGUGGGGGGCUGGAGAGCUGGGAACGCAGAGCAUCCAUGCAUCACAACCAGGGGACACAUGGACCAUCGCCAAGGAAGAGGGAACCGAGCCGACAAUCAGGGCACGGGAGGCCCCCCCUGAGGACC